ACAUUAAAUCCACCUGUCAACUCCAAAACCAGAAAAAUAAAUAAAUAAAUGUAGAAAAAGAUAACUGAUUAACAAGAAAAAACUGCAACACCGUUUCUUGCUUAGAAACCAAAAAAAAUGGCUACUACCUCACUUUCAGCUUUCAAUCUUCUUCCUCCCUCCAAAUUCUCUUCAUCUCAUGCCCACUCCUUCCCCCAAAUUCCCCUCCACAUCCCCUCCUUCCCAAAUUGCAGAGCCCUAAAGUCCAAAUCCCUUAGAACAAUUUCAUUUGCUCUUGCGGAAUCAUCGGACUCCUCCAAAUCCCUAGACCCUGAUCCCAAAAUUCUUCUCCAGGAAGUCGCGGAUUGUUUUGUUCUUCCCGCAGACUUUUUCAAGCAGUUGCCGAAUGAUCUUCGGCUAGAUCUGAAUGAUGCGGCCUUUGAUCUCUCAAACGGCACUGUCAAAGAUGAGUGUGGUGAAGAGGCCGGAGAGACUUUGUUAGAUAUAAGUCGAGCAUGGGAAAAUGCUGAGACAUCGACUUCAGCAGCUUUGAUGAGCAAGCUCCCCCAAUUGGUGGGCUCUCUCACCAGUAAAAACAAGUCAGCACUCGGCAAACGCAUGGUUUCGGCUUCUAGAAGGUUCCAGGCGAUGGGUCAGUAUGGUCAAGGUGAACUGCAAAUGAUUGCCAAAGUCAUGAACAGAGUAGGAAAGGUAUUGUCCGAAACUCCAGUUUCCGAGGCAGCUAAUGAAGAACCAAAACAGGAAACGAAGGUUCUGAAGUUUGGCGAUCUCCAGGUUGAAUUGACUCCAGAAAAGGCAUAUGUUGGUGCUGUCAUCGCCUUCUUCUUCGGGAUUCUCUCGUGGCAAGUGAGUCAAGGCGUCCAACGCAUACCAGAGAGCUCAUUGGAGUAUGCAAAUGACAACGCGUUGCUCCUUGCUAAGUCGCUGCGAUUGACAUUGUUGUCGAUCUUCUACUCAUCAACGGUCUUAUCUGCAUUCGCGUCUGUCGGGCUUGUCCUACUUGCAGGACAAUUGAAGUCGAAAGAUAAGUGAAAUUGUAUGCUCUUUGAAUUGAAUGUUCAUCUUCUUUUGCUGCCAGUUAUGAUGUAAUAUUUUGGCUCUAUAUAGAAGUUUAAUUUUUCUCA